AUGGGGGGAAAGCACAUACCAGAAGAUAUUAUAGUGGACAUCCUCUCCAGGUUACCUGUCAAAUCCCUGUGCCGAUUCCGCUGUGUUUCAAAACGCUGGCGUUCAAUAGUGUCUGAUCCGCAGUUCGCCAAGGUUCAGUUUAAAGUAGCUUCUGAGCAGAAAACUCUGAGUCGCAGACUCCUCCUCUGCCGCAACACCUCUGAAAUUGAAUCCUUCGACUUGGAGACGCCGUGGUAUGCAGACACUCACUUUCUUAGAAAGCUUACCGGUCCAUUCGAGUAUCGGGAACGGCCCCCUUUUGUCAAUGUACUAGGCUCUUGCAAUGGUUUGGUAUGUGUGGCAACUCGUUAUCCUCUAACUUGUUUUUACAUCUGGAACCCAUCAACUGGAUUCUCGCAUAAUCUACCCGAUCCAGGUUUUUCCAAUGAAACGAACUACAUUAGCUACAGUGGUUUUGGCUAUUUGCCGGCCACUGACGACUACAAAGUUCUGGUGGCCGCAUCCGAUAUAGUUUCUCCGGGUGAGGAGGUGGUGGUGGAGGUCAAGAUCUUCUCAACAAGAGCUGGCUUUUGGAAAAGGAUUGAAUCACCUUUCAAGUUCUACCUCACCUAUUCAACUUCUGCAGCUCUUUUGGAGGAGACACUUCAUUGGGUAUGCGACUCUGUAGAAGCAGUUAUCUAUGCUUUUGAUCUGGUGACGGAGAAGUUUCGGGAAAUGCCCACUUUGGACCAAAAUGAUAAUACAAUUCAUCUUCUAAAUGUAGAUUCUUACGGAGGAUCCUUGUAUGGGUUUCGUCAUGGGUAUGAUGCUUGGGAUUCUAUUGAUUUAUGCGUCAUGAGAGAAUAUGGGGUGAGUGACUCUUGGACUAAGCUCUUGAACAUAAACUUUUCGAAUCAGCUUGAGUCUGAGUACAUGCAUGCAGAUGCUUCUCUUCCCCUUCUUGGCUACCGAAACUAG